CAAAAAUGGUGAAUAGGAGCCAGAACAUACCUCCAGACGAGAGGAAUCACUUCUUCAAGAUCAUGUUUCCCGGCUUUUCAACAAGAAGAUUGCGGAUCCCACCAGACUUUGCGGAGCACAUUUCGACAGAAGCAUAUAAAUUUGCCACCAUAGAGGAUUCCAGUGGUAGUCACUGGCGCAUCAAAUUAAAUAAAACUACAGAUGGUACAUAUCUAGAGGAUGGCUGGCAAGAUUUUGUAAAAGAUCACUCCAUCUAUGACUAUAACUUUCUCGUCUUUGGAUAUGAUGGAAAUACGUGUUUUGAUGUAAACAUUUUUGAUGAGAGUGCAUGUGAAAGAGAUUAUGUGUUUAGUACCAAACCAAAUCAAGAACCUGCCUUCUCCAAUGGAGCUAAGAAAUGUGAUAAACCAUCAAAGACUUCUACUGACUCUGUUCAAAAAGACAGUAAAGAUAAUCCAGGGCAACGCCUUCCAACUGUUAAACCAAAGGGGCUUAAAAAAGCUAGAAGAGAGAAUGUUGAGCUGACCCGUGAACCACAAUCAAAAACUAUAUGCUCCUCUUCAAGAAGGCGGCCUCCAAGUGAAGAAGAAAAGGCAAAAGUUUGGAAAGAAGCAAAGUCUUUUACUUCAAAGUUUCCUUGUUUUUUGAGGUGUUUAACUACAUCAAAUGUGUCCAGGGGAGUUGUGGUGAGUUUUUAUGCAACUUGGUUGCUUCUUUUUACAAUCUUAUGAUCAACAUUUUAAUUAAGCCAAACCUAUACAUAACUAGCUGACUAAUUUCUGUAAUAAAACUUCCCAGUGCACUAUCUAUCUCCAAACAUGGGAGAGUUGGAUGCAGUUGCAAACUGGGCUAGGGUGUAGAAA